AAAACCCCAGAGACAGAUAACAUGUAGAAGAUAAAUGGCGACAGAGACACUAAUCUUCAAAGAUGAGGCACAUCAACAAUUUGGCUCACCUUCGUUCAAGGAUCAGGGUUCAGAGGAAAAUAAUGGUAACUAUCAUCCCAAGAAAUCUGAUCUUACAAAAGUCAAGGAGAAGGCUAGAAAGUUAAGGAAAAGUCUCAGCAAAAAGAAGCACAGCGAUGUAGAUGACAGCACACACUCUCUGCGUGUUGGAUUUGAAGAUUUGGUGGCAGAUGAAGUGGACGAUCCUGAAUAUCUUGGCGUUCCAAGAAUCUGGAUUGGCCCCAGAAAGGUCCAAGGCAACUGCAAUACAGAGUCCAAUGGAGCUCACAUUAAUACCGGAGAACCAUGCAUUACCGGUCCUGCCAAUCUUGACAUGGAACAGGAGAAAGAUCAGAAGCCUCCUGGUCAGAACAAGACAUUAGCUGAACCCACGACAGAACCAGUAGCAGAUACAAUUCAGGAUAUUGCCACAGAGAUUCAAACCGGGCUAACUGUUUCAGUUGGGGGACCUGCUCCUAAUGCUGCUCAUGAAACUGACAAGGAAGCUACAGAAGAAUCUAGUAAAUCUGCUACUACUAGUAAUGAAAACGAGGAGGCUCAGAAGAAAUUGGAUAAAGCUAAUUCUUCCAAAGAGAAAAUAUGGGAUAAAGUGUUUCAGUAAAAGAGUAUAUAAUGAACAAUUUUGAGCCUGGAGAAGAUGAGAAAGCACGUUCUCAGGUGAUAUCUCAGGCAAUGAGUCCAAGAAGUCCUAGUGAUGUGGUGGGAAAGGUGAAAGAAGCCAUGAACUCUUUCCUCUGGAGUGAGAAGUGUUGGAACUGUUCCAGAUAAGCAUGCCACCAAAGCUGCUAUGUUGCUGUCCGGUUGAGUCUAUUUAUUUGUUAUUUGAAUUUAAUUUAGUUUGUUUGCAGUUUGUUUUAAGUGUUUUUAAGUUUAUAGCAGUUUGUUUGUAUUUGAUAACUAUUGAGGUAGUUUUGUAACUACCAUUAUCUGUGUAUUUAAGUAUUUUACAUAAUGAAAACUGUGUUGCUUC